AUGUCGACGGACAACACCCAUUCCAGCUCUCCGGUGGCAGAGCACAGAUCCUGUCCGCCGGUGGAUACCAAGCGUGAGAGCCUCAUCGAUUUCGGCGGCCUCCAACCUUACUACUACAUGCCUAUCCGGUAUCCGACCGAGGUCUCUCUUUACGAGCAGACCGUGAGCGCCAGCAACUCAGUAGCCCUGCCCAGUUCUGGCCAGCAGACUGUACGCGCGCAAGUAGAUUUGCCUAUGCCUUGCGGGUACUUCAAUGUCUGGCGGCCCUUGCACGACCAGUCGCUACCGAUAUCACCGCGUCUAGUGAACUACUUCCCGGGGGAGGCCAGCCAGGGCGCAGCACCGCGGCUAAACAAAGAAAACAGCACAGCCGAGUGGGAUAGCCGCAUCAGCUACAGUUCAGCCGACGAUGAGUACUACCAGAACGGCCGGGCGCUGCCGUUUAUCAAGGGGUUUGCACACGGGGCGCUGAGCCAUGGCGGCGUAUUCCGCAAGGUGGAGCAUGACUGGAUGAUGUCGUAUCUGGCACCAACGUACUGGGACAGUGCGCGCGAGACCUCGUUCCUUGCGUGGCGCUUCAAUUACGUUGUCGCGAAGCGGCCCAUCGACAGGUUCAUGGCGGUGCUGAGCUGGUCCAAGUUUGACCCAACCAGCAACGUGCAGUGGAGCGUGCGGGCAUUGUCGCAGCUCGAGUUCACUAAAGUCCCAACCUAUGUGCUGAGCGCCGACGAGGCUAAAGAUUUCCCCGAGAUACCCGGCAACGAAGGCGGUGAGUGCGAUCUGGAGCGGCGUGCGCGUACUAUUGCUGAGCACCGCGGGCAACUCCUGGCAUACGUGGGCGUACCGGCCAACGGCAACGAUUAUAUCCAACAUACGGUACCUGGGUUUGCAGCCGAUCUGACGCAGUACGUGCAGGGCGAGUACGGGUUCGAGAUAGCUGUAGCGUUUUAUCCGGCCACGUCCGGCCCGAACGAGUGGCAGAAGGCGCAGGUCGCACGCCAGCCGCUGCGCACGACCGUUGCGGGCCGCACCAGUGAGGGAGAGCAAGCGAUGGAGCGGUGUGGACUGGAUUUCCGCGUGAAAUUGCGCGACGACAUUCCAAUCGGCCCUCAGCCGCCCGACCUGAAGCAAGCGCUGUUGGCUGCGGGAAAGUCGCUGCAGAUGGACGGCCAACAGUGUGACUUUGAGAUCGUCGUCGCUGACCCCCAGAACACAGUCGGCGCUCUGCAGCCGCUGAUCCGCGCCCAUUCUAAUGUGCUGGCAGCGGGCAGCGAGUACUUCAGCGCCUUGCAGGCAUCCAACAUGACUGAGUCCGAAGCCCGCCGUGUGGAGCUGGAGGACAUGCCGUACGGCCAUGUGCGGCGCGCCAUCUACUUUAUCUACAACGACAUGAUCCCGACAACCGAGUACAUGGACAGUACGGACGACUGGCUGCAGCUGUUGGAUGUUGCUGCCCGCCUGGCCAUCCCCCGUCUGGCGCAGCGGUGCCAGGCGGAGCUGCUGCGUAUUGCGUCAACCGUGGGCAGCGAUGCGCUGACCUUCGACACCACCGACCUGGUCUUGCCAGACGAGCAGGACGACAGCAGUCGCAUUAUUUUCCACAACUACCCAAAGGUGUCAUUUGGCGACUACACUCAGCUUGUACAGUACCCAGACCCCGAGUACAUCGAAUCGCUGAUCGGCCUGGUCGCCGAUGCCGGCGCCGAUGACCUGGUGGCGGCCCUGCAGCGACUCCUAGUAUACUAUCCGAUUGGUGUCUGCGAGGACCGGAUGCGUGCUGCCGACACGCGCCAGUUCCAGGGCCCAGACGAGGACCGCGAGAACAGCUUUAUGUUCAAUGACAUGUUCGCCUUGCCGCACAUGGUCCGGCCGGCUCAGGAGGCUGAUGACGAAGCCCAUCGCCUUGCCCAUUUCCUGGGUGCAAUGCCUGGCCCGGUCGUCCACCCGCCCCAUGUCGGCGUCAGAGACCACGAACCAAUGGACGGGAAUGACGAGGAGGAAGAGCAUGUGCAGCCAGGGCUACAAGGAAUUCUCGACCAUGUGCGCGAGUGGAAUGGCUUCCGCCACCUGUGGAUGCCUGUGCAGGUCCCAGGCAAUGCCGCCCAGCAAAACAAUGACCAAGGCGAUGAGGAGCCACCGCAGCCGCAGCCUGGACCGGUGCCUGAGCCGCCGACGCGCACUCAGGAUGAGUAA